CCCACCAUGGGGAGCACCCUGGGCUGCCACCGCUCCAUCCCCAGGGACCCCUCGGACCUGCCCCAUAGCCGCAAGUUCAGCGCAGCCUGCAACUUCAGCAACAUCCUGGUGAACCAGGAGCGACUCAACAUCAACACUGCCACUGAGGAGGAGCUGAUGACCUUGCCUGGGGUGACACGGAUGGUGGCACGAAGCAUUGUGGAAUACCGAGAAUACAUUGGCGGCUUCAAGAAGGUGGAGGACCUGGCCCUGGUCAGUGGCGUGGGCGCCACCAAGCUGGAACAGGUCAAAUUUGAGAUCUGCGUGAGCAGCAAGGGCAGCUCCGCGCAGCACUCUCCCAGCUCCCUGCGCAGGGACCUGCUGACAGAGCAGCAGCCUCAUCACCUGGCCACCUCCGUGCCCCUCACCCCACGGGUCAACAUCAACACAGCCACUCUGGCUCAGCUCAUGAGCGUGCGGGGCCUCACCGAGAAGAUGGCCCUUAGCAUCGUGGACUACCGCCGGGACCACGGGCCUUUCCGCAGCGUGGAGGACCUAGUGCGCAUGGACGGUAUUAACGCUGCCUUCCUGGACAAGAUUCGGCACCAGGUGUUUGCAGAGAGGUCCAGGCCCCCAUCCACGCACACCAAUGGUGGUCUGACGUUCACGGCCAAGCCCCAUCCCAGCCCCACCUCCCUGAGCCUGCAGAGCGAGGACCUGGACCUGCCGCCAGGAGGGCCCACGCAGAUCAUCUCCACGCGGCCUUCGGUUGAGGCCUUUGGAGGCAUGCGGGAUGGCCGGCCUGUACUGAGGUUGGCCACCUGGAACUUGCAGGGCUGUUCUGUAGAGAAGGCCAACAACCCUGGGGUGCGAGAGGUUGUGUGCAUGACACUCCUGGAAAACAGCAUUAAGCUUCUGGCUGUGCAGGAACUGAUCGACAGAGAGGCCUUGGAAAAGUUCUGUAUGGAGCUCAACCAGCCAGUCCUGCCCAACAUCCGCAAGUGGAAGGGGCCCCGGGGAUGCUGGAAGGCUGUUGUUGCUGAGAAACCCUCAAGUCAGCUCCAAAAGGGUGUGGGGUACUUGGGCUUCCUAUGGGACUCCGCCAUUGGAAUGGAGCUGAAAGACACCCCCUCGCAGGAAAGCACGCCGGGCAACGGGCACGGGAAGCCCGUGAGCCCCAGCCCUUUCCUCGCGCACUUCAAGGUGGGAAGUAAUGACUUGACCCUUGUUAACCUUCACCUGGGUGCCCUGACCCUCCCAGGGGCUGAGAAUCCUGCCAAGAAUCAUGGUGAGGGCCCCCGCCUGGCCAGCUUCGUGCCUGUGCUGCAGGAGAGCUUGAAAGGAGAAAAAGAUGUGAUUAUUUUAGGGGAUUUUGGUCAAGGGCCAGAUAGCAGUGACUAUGAUAUCUUGAGGAAAGAAAAAUUCCACCCCCUGGUCCCCACGCACACCUUCACCAACAUCAGCACCAAGAAUCCCCAAGGCUCCAAGUCUCUGGACAACAUCUGGAUCAGUAAAAGCUUAAAGAAGAUUUUCACAGGUCACUGGGCUGUAGUGAGAGAAGGCCUCACGAAUCCUUGGAUUCCAGACAACUGGUCCUGGGGUGGAGUGGCUUCAGAGCACUGUCCGGUGCUCGCUGAGUUUUACUUGGAAAAGGACUGGAACAAGAAGGAAGGCCCUCGGAAUGGCAGCGGGGUCACCUUGGAGCGAAGCGAAGCCAACAUUAAGCACGAGCGAUGA